GUGCAGAAUUCUAACACAGUUACUUCUCUUCCAGAGACCGUUCGGCCGGUGAAACACAGACCAGUCAAGCUUGAGGAACUAUGCAAACAAACAAAGUUUACCCGACAGGAGAUACGGCUCAUGUACAGGGGGUUCAAACAGGAAUGCCCAGAGGGUGUAGUCCAAGAAGACACUUUUAAAGAAAUAUAUGCCAAGUUCUUUCCACAUGGAAAUUCCAGUUUGUACGCACACCACGUUUUCAAGGCUUUCGACCUAAACAGCAACGGACAGAUUAGCUUCAGGGAUCUAUUAGUAAGCUUGUCGCAGCUCCUUCGAGGCAACGCGUACGACAAGCUCAAGUUCGCCUUCAAGCUCUACGACGUGAACGGCGACGGAUGCAUCACGAAGGCAGAGCUCACCGACAUCGUUUCGUCCGUUCACGAGCUCAUGGGGAGAUGUAGCCACAACAGACACGUCGAGGACAAGCAGACGAGGGAACACGUAGAGCGACUCUUCAAGAAGUUGGACCUCAACGGGGACGGCGUCGUCACGAUCGACGAGUUCUUGCAGUCGUGUAUGCAGCAACCUCAGUCAAAGGAAAUCCAGUCUAAGCAACUUCAGUCAAAGGAAAUCCAGUCUAAGCAACUUCAGUCUAAGAAAGUCCAGUCUAAGUACCUUCAGUCGUCGAGUGUGAUUUGA